AUGGUUCAACUAUUCGGUCGAUGUUUACCAUUAAUUUGUUUAUCAAGAAAAAAACGUCAAUCAUUACCGAUAUGUGAACAACAAACAGCUGGAACGAAACAUCAUCAAGAAGAAAUUAAUAAAUUAUUUGUAAGACGUGUUGAAAGUAUCCGUGUAACACAACAAGGAGCAGUUUAUAAACGUAUACCAGUACAAACAGUAAAUGAACGUUCACAACAACAUAAAAAAUCAUCGAAAAAAUCAAAGAAAGAAAUAUUAAAUAAUAAUAAAAAUGAAAAAAUUAUUAAACCUGAUGAUACAGAAUUUGAUUGUGAAACACAUAUAUCUGAUCGACAAUCGAAACAAAAAAAUCGUGUAAAAUCAAAGAAAAAAUCUAUACCAUCAUCAAUAAAACAGAAAUCAAUUGAAAAUAAUAAUACUCCAUCGGAAUCUCGUACACCAUUAGAAAAAUUAUUUAAUAAAACAACUAAACUUAAAGAACCAUCACCAACACCAUCAAGUAUCAUUGAUAUACCUGAAGAAGAAGAUCAUCAUCAUGAUACAGCAAGUACUAUAUCAUCAUCAUCAUCAUCGACAACAUCAGAAUGGUCAACAACAACAUAUCCUGAUUCACAUAGUAGUGAGAAAAGUAAUGAUUUAAUUGUAAAUUCAAUUCAACGUCGACAAUCUAUGCCUCUUUCAAAUUCAACAAAUCGAAAUGAUGAUAAUAAACAUCGAUCAUGUGUAGAAAGUUUUUAUUUAGGUAGAGAACAUGUACGACAAUCAACAUCACCACCAUCAUUAUCACAAACAAAAAUUCAAGAAGAAUCUAAUAAAAAUAAACGAAAUGUAUCAGCAAAAAGUAAACAAGUCUUACAAAAUGUACGAAAAAUGAUGAAAGAUCAAACUAUACAAGAACAACAUUUUAAUGAUACACGACAAAGAGAAUCUGUUCGAUUAUAA